AUGAGCACAAAAAUGGAGCCAGAGGCUGACGGUUCUAAUGUCACAUAUCCCUCCCCGGGAGCUGAGGCAUUGGAAUCUGGUCCUUUUUACAACACUGGCGGUCGAGAGGGUGUCCAAGAUCACCAAGAGGGGCAUCAUGACCAUGUCGAGCCCCAUCAUGAGCAACACCACGAGCAGCCCGAACAUCAAGUCCCCGAACAAGUGCGACAUGUACAAGUGCAGGACCAUGGCCAGAGUGAACUACAGCAGCCGGAACAGGAAUCCGUUCAACAGCACGUUUCUCGUCCCGCCAACCUAGAAGAACUUCAGUUGGCAGCACAGCUGGGCCAGGGUCUAGCUGGGACAUCCAUGAUGCCUGCUACAGACCCCAAUAUGAACGUUGAGGACCCUAAUCUGCGAAACAUCAUGCCUCAUCCGGAGUCUGAUCAACAACAAACACCAUCGUAUGUUCACGACACUCCCACGAGCGACCCGAUGGUACCGCAUCCUAUGUCCGUCCAGGUUGGACCAUCUAUGUCGUCCCAGUACCCUAUCGACAACAGCAUUCCUCCCAGGAAGAGAUCGAAAGUCUCCAGAGCAUGUGAUGAAUGCCGCAGGAAGAAGAUUAAGUGUGAUGCUCAGUCCGAUACUGGCGAUGCACCGUGUUCUAGUUGUGCGAGGUCAUCCAUAAGAUGUUUGUUUAGCCGCGUACCUCAGAAACGAGGUCCCAGUAAAGGAUAUAUCAAAGAGCUCGCAGAUCGUAUCCACAGUAUCGAGAACAAGCUUGAAUCGGACGGAGGCCUCAGCCAAGACGACAUUGAUAGGCUUUUCGUUACAGAUAGACCACGACCGAGCCAAGGUGAAGAUGCUACUCGCAAGCGACCAUUCUCCAGUGUCUCGACAAAUGACUUCGCAACACCUUCCCGACAGACACCAUGGGGCUCCGAACCUCAGCGACUCCAAGCUUCACCCGGCACAUCUGAACCCACCUAUGGAUCUUACGACAACAACUCGUUAGCACCACAUCCUGCACCUCUCAAGCCCGAAACCUCGCCUUCCAAGCCGCCUGUAGCCACUAUGGAUGUAUCGAUGCCCGACGCUCACGAAGCUGUAGACAUCGACGAAGGCAUGCUGCACAGUUAUUUGUCCAGCUUCCAGCCUGUUUAUCCGAUACUGCCUAGUACAAAGGGCCGGAUGCAGGAAUUGCUCGCACAAUGCCCAACGUCCCUUCAAAAUGCAUUCGCGAAUGCUCUUCCUGCUGUUGUAGGAUCAGGCGAUGGUGAUGUCAAGCAUGCCGACUCGCUCCUUUCGGCAUUGGAACAGCACGGGCAUGCUGCUUCAACUGCUGUGAACAUCGUUCAUUUGCAAACUCUGUUGCUACUCAUCAUCGAUGCCGACUUGCGUUUAUCAAAAACCAUGCCUUUCCCACUCUUACGCGCCAUUGGUCUGGCUGGCGCGAUGAGAUUAUGGAGGUUUACCCCCAUAGAGUCAAUCACCGAGUCGGAUUCAGAUGAUGCGCUUUGUGCGCGAUUGUGGUGGUCACUGAUCCUGAUGGAUCGCUGGCACGCUACUGGUACAGGAAGUCCCUCUUAUAUCUCAGACAACAGCGUGGUAGCUCCUCCUGGUCUUGAGAAUAUCUUGGGAGAAGUGUGUUUCUACCUUGUUCGUUUAUCGAAGCUACUCAAUCGCCUCUGGCAUGCCAUUUUUACAUUGCAACCGGGAGCAUCAACAACUGAGGAACACACAGCAAAAAUCCUCGCGGAUUACAUCGAGAACUACAGAGAAGACUUGCCUGCGCACAUUGAGCCCGCAUCGCAUCCAAUGGUUCAUAUGGCAUACUGGCACUGCAGGCUCGUAAUAAUACUGCUUACGCCAGGAGCCACAUCAUCAGAGACACUGUGGGCUACUAAGGAACUCGUCAACCUUCUCUCCGCGAACGACUAUCUGCGUAGCCCGCUCCUCAAUCACUUUGUGUCGGUUGUUUAUGUGUCUUUGGCAAAGUUAAUCAAGAUGGAUCGAUCGCGAGAAGAAGCGACACAGCUGAUCAAGGACGUCGUGGACAAACCCGCUACGAUAUGGGACAUUAUCCGCGAGAAGCUCGCAGAGCAACUGCGACCUACUUCAUCUGUGGAAGCAUCGACUGCAAGCCAAGGACUUCAACAUUUGGCAGACCUAGCCACAGCCCACGAGGGAGGCGAUGACAUUGCUUUUGGUCCGUCAUUGGCUUUGGGGUAUCUGGAAAUGGCUUAG